AUGUUUUGUGCGGGUUGUGGUGCCAGAUUUAUCGCUGAUGCGAGAUUUUGCGAAGUUUGCGGGUUAACGAAAGGUGUGAAAGAUGAAGAUAACACUAUACUUACGUUUGACGAGUACAGAGAUAGAAAAAGGAAAGAACGAAGCUCGAGGUUUGUUAGUAAAUCUGUGAAGAGAGUGAAAAGGGAAAACAGCGAGAAUGAAGUCACUAUACAAAUAGGUCUUAUCAGGUUAAAAGACGGACAAUUGAAAGCGAUUAGAGGGUCGUCAUUGCCGCUUAAAGUCUUUCCAUCAAUUGGUGCGGAGGAACUUCUCAGGAAAGGAGCCGAAAAGAUGGUGAAGUUCAACAGCGACUUAAGCUUAUAUGGUGCCAGUAGUUUUACGUUGUUGUAUCCUGACAGAACCGAAGUGAAGUGCCUUCCAGGGGGAACGGAACCGUUUACAUUACAACGAUACAAGGAGGAAUUAGGGAAGGCUUACGGCCGAAUUACCUUUGCAAAACAACAGCUAUCAUGGAUGCUUUGUUUUUGAAAUCGUAUUACAGUGAUGAAAGUGAUGUCAGUUUGCCAACUUACGAAGAGGUAUGAAGAUUUUAAUUACUACCAUAGAUUACAGUGUUAUUUUUCGUAACGAAAAAGCCCUUCAUGGAAAUAAAUUGAUCUAAAUCUUGAUUGAUAUACAUACUGUAGUUCAAAUUUUCCUUGGUUUGACGUAUUUCAGAUUGGUUUGAUUUGUAUUUUUCUUUGAUUCAGAUUAUGGUAAUAUGCUUAUUAGCUCAUUCAAGAAUCAAUUCCCUUUCAUUCUUCUCAGUGAGUGAGGGGUUAAAGAUUCGUUUGAUUUGACAGUAGUGAUGAUGAUUAAUGAUUCAGUUUUCAUAUUCACAUUACAGUUGACGAAAAUGGCACAAGGAACUGAAAGUGAAGGAGAUAUAGGCUGUAGGCUGAACCAUGCUGUCACAAAUACAUCCACAUUCCUCACAGCAACAGGGAACACAAUUACUACCCCCUCAGUGGCAAGGAACACUGCAGUUACAACCCACACAGCUACAAGGAACACAGUUACAACCCAUACAGCUACAAGUAGCACAUUCAUAACCCAGAAAGCUGCAAGCAACAUAUCCUCAGCCCAGACAGCUGCAAACUCAGAUACAUUAAUUCAAGGGGUUCACUCAGCAGUCACGGGUCAGUGAAAAUCUGCUUUUGUAAGUUUUCUCUGAAUUGUGUACCCAUGCGAUAUUCUUAUUAAUUUAAAAAGUCAUAUUAAAUGCAAUAAAAGCUUCUGCAUGUUCAGUCAAGAAAUACAGAGACACCUGUAUAGAAUGGUAGACAACAUGAUACAAGAAGAACAUUGCUAAAAUCAGUUUUUAAAUGCACAUUAUGCAGCAGUUAUUUAUUCAUAAAUUGAUUGAUUUUUUGAUAGGUGCAGAUGCUGUAGAUGUUGAAGCUCUGUUAACAGAGGGUCCUGUUCAAAAGAUAAUUCUGUAUAGGGCUUUACUUAAGGAUAAUUUGAUCGAAACCUUUAAGGAUCCUACAAUACUUCAUGUUAAUCUAGAUGUGACCUUUAUUGGCAGCAAUGGUAGGGAGGAAGAGGGAAAGGGGGCUGGUGUUUUACGUGAUGCAUUAUCCACUUUCUGGAAUCAAUUCUUUAACUCACUAACAGUAGGAGCUCAAGAAAAAGUGCCUGCUAUCAGACAUGAUUAUCAAAGAGCUGAAUGGCAAGCAAUUGCCAGAAUUCUAAUGUAUGGGUACAUAAAGGAGAGAUAUUUUCCUCUUCCAUUGUCACGAGCUUUUGUUGCAUUAUGCCUUUUUGGUGAAGAGAGCACAACAAGUGAUUUUUUGCUUUCUUCCUUCCGUCUAUACAUUUCAGAAGAUGAAAGGGAGACUCUUAAGAAAUGUCUUGAGGAAAGUUUUGAUGAUGAUAAUGAUGACGUGUUUGAUUUUCUUUCUAAUUGCAAGUGUUAUCGAACUCCCACAAAAAUAAGAAAACAUAUUGCAGAUUGUUUCUGA